AUGUCCCAACCAGAGAUCCCAAAGAAGCAGUGGGCCCAGGUCAUCGAGAAGACUGGCGGUCCAGUCGAGUACAAGGAGAUCGAUGUCCAGCAGCCCGGUCCCGAUGAGGUUCUCAUCAACAUCAAGUACUCCGGUGUGUGCCACACCGACCUCCACGCCGUGAACGGCGACUGGCCGCUGCCGACCAAGCUUCCUCUUGUCGGUGGGCACGAGGGCGCUGGUGUUGUUGUUGCCCGCGGUGAGCUCGUCAAGGACGUUGAGAUCGGUGACUAUGCUGGUGUCAAGUGGAUCAACGGCACCUGCCUCGCCUGCGACUUCUGCCAGCAAGCCGAUGAGCCUCUCUGCCCCAAAGCCCUCCUCUCCGGCUACACAGUCGACGGCUCCUUCCAGCAAUACUGCAUCGCUAAGGCCGCCCACGUCGCCCGCUUAACAAAAGACAUGGACCUCGCCGCCGUCGCCCCAGUCCUCUGCGCCGGUAUCACCGUCUACAAGGGUCUCAAAGAGUCCGGCGCGCGCCCCGGCCAGACCGUCGCUAUCGUCGGUGCUGGUGGUGGGCUCGGCUCUCUCGCCCAGCAGUACGCCAAGGCGAUGGGUCUGCGCGUGAUUGCCAUCGAUACCGGUGAUGAGAAGAAGAAGAUGUCCAUCGAGCAGCUCGGCGCAGCCGAGUUCGUUGACUUCGCAAAGAGCGAAAACGUCGUCAAGGAUGUGCAAGCCGCGACCGAGGAUGGCCUUGGGCCGCACGCCGUCAUUCUCGUUGCCGUGAACGAGAAGCCCUUCCAGCAGGCUGCUGAGUACGUCCGCCCACGCGGCACCGUCGUCUGCAUCGGUCUGCCCGCCGGCGCCUACCUGCGUGCCCCGGUGUUCGAGACCGUCAUCAAGAUGGUCACGAUCCGCGGCUCGUACGUCGGCAACCGUAAGGACAGCGCCGAGGCGCUCGACUUCUUCCGCCGCGGCCUCAUCAAGGCGCCCUUCAAGGUCGUCGGCCUGUCCGAGCUUCAGUCCGUCUACGACAAGAUGGUCAAGGGCGAGAUUGCCGGCCGCUAUGUGCUUGAUACCACCAAGUAA